GGAAGCGACAGGCAGGGAAAGCCCUCAGACAGUGAGCACAGUGUCUCCGGUGAAGACCGCCGCCCCGCACUCCGCCGGCCCCGACGCUGCAGGCUGCGCCUCCACACCAGGACUGGAAAGAAAAAAAAACACACACCCCAAGACUGCAAAGACCCAGAGCUGUGGCAAUCGUGUCAGUGUUGCAGGGGAGAUCACCAUGGCUGAUGUGAAUUCAAACGAGUCGUCCACCGUGGACGUGGCCAACAGGUUCGCUCGCAAAGGUGCCCUGAGGCAAAAAAACGUGCACGAAGUGAAGAACCACAAGUUCAUAGCCCGCUUCUUCAAGCAGCCGACUUUCUGCAGCCACUGCACCGACUUCAUCUGGGGGUUUGGAAAACAAGGAUUCCAGUGCCAAGUUUGCUGUUUUGUGGUCCACAAGAGGUGCCAUGAAUUAGUCACAUUCUGCUGCCCGGGGGCAGAUAAGGGGCCCGACACAGACGAUCCCAGAACGAAGCACAAGUUCAAGAUCCACACCUACACGAGCCCCACUUUCUGUGACCACUGUGGCUCCCUGCUGUAUGGCCUCAUCCACCAGGGCAUGAAAUGUGACUCCUGCGACAUGAAUGUCCACAACCAAUGUGUUAUGAACGUGCCCAGUCUGUGUGGAAUGGAUUACACCGAACGGAGGGGGCGUCUUUUCCUCAAGUGUGAGGUCACUGGGGACAAGCUGCAGGUCACAGUGACUGAGGGGAAAAACCUGAUCCCCAUGGAUCCCAAUGGCCUCUCUGAUCCGUAUGUCAAGCUCAAGCUCGUACCAGACCCCAAACAUGAGACCAAGCAGAAGACCAAAACCAUUCGCUCCAACCUCAACCCCAGAUGGAACGAUACCUUUUCCUUCAAGCUGAAGGCGACUGACAAGGACCGCAGGCUGUCGGUGGAGGUGUGGGACUGGGACCGGACCACUAGGAAUGACUUCAUGGGGGCCCUCUCCUUCGGCGUGUCGGAGCUCAUAAAGGCUCCAGUCUGUGGCUGGUAUAAGUUAUUGUGCCAGGAGGAAGGGGAGUACUACAAUGUUCCCAUCUCAGAGGAGGAUGACGGGAAUGAGGAACUCAGGCAGAAAUUUGAGAAAGCCAAGCUCGGCCCAGGUAAGAAGGUGAUCACUGAGCCGGACGGCAGCCACUCCAGCCAGCUGCCCUUCAUCAGCCUGAACGAGGUCAAACUCAGCGACUUCUCCUUCCUGGCUGUGCUCGGGAAAGGGAGCUUCGGCAAGGUCAUACUGGCAGAGAUGAAGGCCACCGAAGAGCUGUACGCAAUAAAGAUCCUGAAGAAGGACGUGGUGAUCCAGGACGACGACGUGGAAUGUACCAUGGUGGAGAAGAGAGUCCUGGCUCAACAGGACAAGCCGCCUUUCCUCACACAACUGCACUCGUGCUUCCAGACUGUGGACCGUCUGUACUUUGUCAUGGAGUAUGUGAAUGGGGGAGACCUCAUGUACCAUAUCCAACAAGUGGGCAAGUUCAAGGAACCUCAAGCAGUGUUCUAUGCAGCAGAGAUCGCUGCUGGUCUCUUCUUCCUGCACAUUAAAGGAGUCAUCUACAGGGAUCUGAAGUUGGACAAUGUGAUGCUGGACUCAGAGGGACACAUUAAGAUUGCUGACUUUGGCAUGUGUAAAGAGAACAUGUCAGAAGGAGUGACCACGCGCACCUUCUGCGGCACUCCCGACUACAUAGCCCCGGAGAUCAUUGCAUAUCAGCCAUAUGGACGCUCUGUAGACUGGUGGGCAUAUGGAGUUCUGCUCUACGAAAUGCUGGCAGGACAGCCUCCAUUUGAUGGUGAAGAUGAAGAUGAGUUGUUCCAGUCCAUCAUGGAGCACAACGUGUCCUACCCCAAGUCAAUGUCCAAAGAAGCUGUCUCCAUCUGCAAAGGGCUGAUGACCAAACACCCAUCCAAGCGUCUGGGCUGCGGCCCUGAGGGUGAGAGGGACAUCAGAGAACACGCCUUCUUCAGACGCAUCGACUGGGAACGCCUCCAGAACAGAGAGAUACAGCCGCCCUUCAAGCCCAAAGUGUGCGGCAAAGGAGCAGAGAACUUCGACAAGUUCUUCACACGCACUCAGCCGCAGCUCACACCACCGGAUGAGCUGGUUAUCGCCAACAUCGACCAGGCCGACUUCGCAGGGUUCUCUUUCAUCAACCCACAGUUUGUGAACCCGGUGCUCACUAACAGCGUAUGAGAGGGAUGGGGGAACCUCCUGGAAGAACCCCCCUGCUCACUUUCAACCACUUAAAGCAACCACCAACCUGACAACUGACCACAACUUGAUCAAGGCCCGCUACGAACCUUUAUGUAGUGGUUUUAUUUGUAAGCAGCAUUUUAGGGCAUGCAUAUUUGCUCUUUAUAAUAUAUUUGUCAUUCUAGAUGAUUUAGGUUAUAAUAGUUUUCUUUAGUUUAAUGAUGAGCAGGAUGUCCUUCCUUACCGCUACCAUUUGUAUCGAAGGUUUACCACGACUGGAGGCACAGACAGAAGGGUGUCGAGCUUCAUUUAUCUACGUCACCGUAUGAUGAUAUUUAGAGAAUAAAUUAAUCUUUGCCUUUAUAUGAUAUAAGCGAGCUAAUAUUAAAGGGGCAUUCAGCUACAGUACCAUUUAAGGCAUGGAUUAACUGAUUCUAGAAAGGGGUUCUACAAAUCUCAAUGGAUAAACAUUAUGAUCUACAGAUCCAGUUGGUGGGUCACAGUUUGUUUCCAUAAUUAUCACAAUGCAGAUGUUAUGUGAUGACCUGAAAAACAAUGGAAUAAGGCUUCGUAGAUUCUAUGGCCAAAUAUGAAGGACAGAUGCUGCAGGCGUUGAAACAGCUCCUUGUGAUUCAAUGUUUCCUGCAUCAUGUUUACAGUUUUAUCUUCCCCUUUGAUUUCAUGGUGACGGUAUGAAAUUCUAUUUUAGUACAAUUUGAUUCUAGCCAGUAGCAAAUCAACAAAAAAAACAGACAGUUCAUUAGAUGAUAUGCAGCCUGUAAAAAUUCUAAUAUGUGAGACAUAUAGGGAUGAAAGUGUGUCAGGGUUGGUUCAAAUUCUUAACUUCUUAGCCUAACUGUUAUCACCUUACCUGCUUUUAAAAGUAACAAUUCACACUUAUUUUCUAGCCCUUACUUAAGCUGCAGAUUGUAUACUUCCCUUCUCAAUAAUUUUGUGGACACUAUGUGAACACACAGUAAUCAUUUUAGUAUGUGGGCAGUGGCAGAAAAUUCUUAUAUCUACCGUAGGAAAAAAAAUUCUAAGCUAAAACGUUUACAGUUUGUCGUAUUUCUCUGUCCCAUGAUAUGCCCAUAAUUAUAAUUGGUCAUAAAUGUCUCAAUAGAAGCAGUAAAAACAUUUUGAUAAACUGUUUUUUUGGUUUGUUUUUAGAAUAUAACAUGAUAUAUUUGUGUAUUAACCAUCCAAUGUUAUAUUGCUUACAAUAUCAUGUGAAGAUGAAACACGUGUGUUAGUUUUCUUAGAUACAGAAGUUGCAAAUCAAUAGGAGCAUUUCUUCUGACAAUGCUUUGUGGUCCUGAGAUCAAACUCAUCCUUCAUUAGGAGCUCAAUCAUCCUUAGUUAAAUAAUUUGUUUGCAUCUGUUUUAAUUUCUUUUAAUGUAUUUAAAAAUAGAUUAAUUUAAACUCCCCUCUUUUUCGGUGAUCUCAUACGUAUUUUUCCAUUUGACCAGAUAAAUAUUUUAUUGUGUCUACUAUCAGUGCAUAACUCCUUUGUAAAUAAUCAUGAGUUAUUUUAAAAGAGUAUAGCAAGUUACAGUUUUUAUACCAACACCUGAAUGUGCUUUUAUUACAUUAAUUAUAUAAACCAACAUUUGUAUGUCUAAAGAAAAAUGAAACAUCUAAGAAAGUAACCCAGUACAGAUCAACUUUGUAACAGCUGGAUGUCUUUAAUAGAGUCCAGAUUCAGCAAGUUGUGAAAUGUAUUUGUUCUACUUGUUUUGGCAGAUUUAUCAACACUCUUAUGUUCUUUAAUCAUAUUCAAUAAUUUUGACUGCAAAUUGUGUGUUGAUUGGAUGCGUGUCAGGCUGUUGACUGUCCCCCUGUAUCUGCAUGCUGUUGGUGGGCAUCAUUCAUGCACGUGAUUGGCUAAAAGCUGCAUGCUACGAAGUAUAAAACCCCUGAGAGUAACGGUACAACCAUAAAAUGAUCCUCCUCUGAAAAAACCUCACUUAAGAAGUAAGAGCCCCCCCCUCGUAGUCUUGAGAGUUUGUAACUGUUUUGUCCUUCUUGAAGAACAAUGGCCAUAGCUUGGAUUCAUGUUGAGUCCAAUAGUGACUGCUUUUCAGGAAGUUGGGAAGUGUCAAAGGUCAAGCCUACGGAAGCAGAAUGUCACUUUAAGCAUAGCUCUUGAUUGGCUAAAUUUACUAAAUUUAACGUGGCAAACACAAAGCACAGUCCGGUAACGUGGAGUGCUGAUCUUAGACCAGCUCGACUCUUUAAGAGGAUUUUGUAACUGCAAAUCACAAGUUAAGUUUCAAUGAAGCAGUCUUGCAACAGUCAUGAAACACCAAAGUCCUAAUGUUCAGGCAGAUUACUAUGUGUGAGGAACAAUGGUGAUUUUUGCCAAAAGAAUACACAUUGCUAAAAUACAUAGAGUAGACGUUUAUUGCAGAUUAUUAUUCUAAAUAGAUACUAUUACUAAAGCUUAUUUUUAAAAGACUUUCCUGAGACGUAGUCCCUUGUUCCAGAUCACUGCUCUUUUCUGUAGAAACGUGAUAUAUGUACUUUAUGGCCCCUGUUUCCUUUCGCCUUUUCCCUUUUAGGGUGAAGUGAAACACUGAAUCUAGAUCAGUGGUGAGUUGUGACUGCUAGUUGCUAGACCAGUGGGACCACUCGCUCUUUAGUGUCUCAUGAAUGGGGUUUAUGUUAUAAUCUAAACGUUGUGUUCUUGUCACGUUGUAAAAUGUUAGUUUCUCUUUUCGUUUUUUUUGCUUUUGCUGUUUGUCGUCGCUGUCAGUGUUGUUGGUUUUAUUUCUCUAGCUUCUGCUCAGAAAUUCAGGAAUGUUUCAAAAUGACAUAUAACAUUAGAAAACUCAUAUCUGACUGAUAUAGAUAGGAACUAUUAAAAUGUUUGUAAUUUUUUUUUCUCCAUGUGUUUCUAAGAGAUGUUCUCUCCUACCGUGUUUCCUAUAGUAUAUAUAACCUUUUGCAUGUGCCAAACCUGGAGAACGCCAGAACCCGACAAUAGCAGCGUUGCACUAGCUGUAGUCACAUGGAUGACUAUCUCUCCCUGUGCAGGCUGAGACCUGCCUGAAGCCACACCUGCUGUACACUCUGUUGGCCUCAUUACAUAUAGCAUGCUGCCAUGAGUAUACCAGUGCACAUUGUGUCAGUACGCUUUACAGUUCCAGUCAGUUUGAUAAACGACUCAUCAUGUACGGUACUAGAUUUUCCUGCCUCUCCAGCCUUUGGCGGAUUUGUGUCUGAAAAACAUUGCAACUUGUGGAGCAUUUGAUUUAACAUCCACAGUGAAUUCCACAGAAGUGAGAGAUUAAUCCUUGUACAUAGUCGGGAGUUUACUCAUCAACAGUCUUGCCCUUGCCUGAGCCUAUCUUGCACCUCUGUAUGUGCCGACUGAAUAGAUCCUUCCCUUUAAUAGAAUCUCUGAGUACUUGCCUUCCAAACUUAAUAAUGUUUUCAAAAAGCCACAGUCAGUGUGAGCAUGAAAAAAAAAAAAGAUUACUAACUCUCCCCUUGUGUGCCUUUCCCAACUUGAACAGAUUUAAUGUACAUCUCCUAUUGAUCUUCAUCCUCCUCACUCUGAUCUAAACUCUCUACUCAAUGUUUACGCCAUACCUUUACUCCACUUUCUGUAUUUUUAAUCCCGUCAAACAAGCCUAGUACAGUUUUUACUUACUUGCCAUGUUAGUGUUUCAGCAUAUCUCGCAAAUGAAUGAAUGUAAAUAAAAGUAAAUGAGAAAAAAUUAUUUGCACACUGUUCAAACAAAUGGUCCAUCAUCUGGUCUGUAAAACAGAAUUUUAAGCACAUUUUGUUGACUGACGCCAAUACAGCCAUAAAAACUACAACUUGA